AUGGCGGAACCCGGUGCCCGCAGAAGGAGAUCUAGCAGCAUUCUCCAAGUUCAUUACGAACCGCAGGAGACUCUCGAGCAGAUAAGUGACCAGGCCGUCGUGCCCAACCUCAAUGCGAACUGGGUCAAUGCCAAAGGCGCCUGGACAAUUCAUUUCGUCCUUAUCUUGUGCCUAAAGAUAUUCUACGAUGUCAUGCCGGGCGUGUCACAGGAGACAUCCUGGACUCUGACGAAUAUCUCGUACAUGUUUGGCUCCUACAUCAUGUUCCACUACGUCCGCGGCGUGCCUUUCGAGUUCAACGGCGGCGCGUUUGAUAACCUAAACAUGUGGGAACAGAUUGACGAUGGUGCGCAGUACACCCCGGCCAAGAAAUUCUUGCUCAGCGUCCCAAUCGUUCUGUUCCUACUCAGCACACAUUACACCCACUACGACCUGGCCUACUUCAUCAUCAAUUUCCUGGCCGUGCUGGCAGUCGUCAUCCCUAAACUGCCUUUUAGUCAUCGAAUGCGAUUCGGCCUUUUCUCCGAUUCCGACUAUUGA